AUGCCUUGGGAUAAAUCUCACUAUUCCAUACCUAUACAACGUAUUCUUCGCCGUAAGAGUGAUAAUUCAUCGUUACAAAUCGAUAAUUUCUUUUCCUAUCGAGUCAAUAUUAGUCAUAUUGCAGUGGCACCACCUAAAGGCAUCUUUUGUAAGGAUUGGAUGCCUUUUUAUGGAUGGGUAAGUGCAUCAAAUAUGGGAAUACAAUUUUCUCAAAGAUUCAGCGUACGAAUUGAUAUGUCGACUUCAAUCAAACAACUCUGGCGUUCUAUACAUCUUCGUUAUUAUAAAUUGGAUGAACGGCAAUUGGUACAUUAUGAUUAUACACCUAAUGAUCUCACUCGAAGUCCUCUUUCGAUCAUUUUUGAUUAUGCUGAUGCAUCAUUACUAGCUUAUACAAUUGAUCGUUGCAUAGGCUCGUGUUGA